AUGCUCCAAAAGAACCCCAGAGGCGCUGAAGCAGGUCUUGCAUCAAGUAAGAUUGAAGCGGUUGCCAGCCCGAGCGCCAUGGAGAACCCAUUGUCAGUUAAAGCGGUAGUGACCGUGAAACCCAGCACUAGUGGCUUGUUAUCGAAAAUGGGGAUAAGUGGAGGGCUCGAUAAGAUUACUGAUCUGGUGGGGAAAACGCUCCUCUUGGAGCUUGUUAGUACAGAGCUUGACCCCAAGACGGGACGAGAGAAGGGGACAAUCAAAGGGUACGCGUACAAGAAGGGCCACAACAAGGACGAGGUGACGUACGAGUGCGAGUUCGAAGUUGGAGAGGAGUUCGGGGAGGUCGGGGCGAUCUUCGUGGAGAAUGAGCACCACAAGGAGAUGUACCUCAAGGACAUCGUCCUCAAUGGAUUCGUGGGCGGUCCUCUUAACAUCACAUGCAUCUCAUGGGUUCACUCCAAGUACGAUAACCCACAAAAGAGGGUUUUCUUCACCAAUAAGUGCUAUUUACCGACGGAAACGCCGAGCGGGCUAAGGAGACCGAGAGAGGAGGAGCUGGCAAUCCUGCGAGGGAACGGCCAAGGCGAGAGAAAAUCGUAUGAGAGGAUAUACGAUUACGAUGUGUACAAUGACCUCGGGAAUCCGGACAGCGACGCGGAGAAGAAGAGGCCCGUGCUCGGUGGCAAAGAGCUUCCAUACCCUAGACGAUGCCGGACUGGGCGCCCUCAGUGCGAGACCGAUCCACAAUCGGAAUUGAGAAGCGGGAGCAUAUACGUGCCUCGAGACGAACAGUUCUCGACGAUAAAGCAAAUGACAUUCUCGGCGAAGACGGUAUACUCGGUAGUGCAUGCGCUGGUGCCGUCGCUAGAGACGGCAAUGGUCGACGCAGACCUGGGGUUCCCCUACUUCAGCGCCAUCGACAAGCUCUUCAACGAAGGCGUCAACUUGCCCCCAUUGCAGAAGCAAGGGUUCCUCAAGGACCUCUUCCCUCGGCUCGUCAAAACCGUCACCGAUGCCUACCAAGCUGUCCUCCGCUUCGAAACCCCUGAAACCAUGAACCGAAACAGAUUCUUUUGGUUUACUGACGAAGAAUUUUCUCGCCAAACCCUAGCAGGAAUUAACCCUAUUGGUAUUAAAAUGUGUACUCAGGAAUGGCCUUUGAGGAGCGAUCUCGACCCUAAAAUCUAUGGAUCGCUCGAAUCGGCCAUCACGACAGACAUCAUCGAAAGGGAAAUCAAAGGUUUCAUGACAGUCGACGAGGCCAUAAAGCAAAGGAAGCUGUUCAUGCUGGAUUACCACGACCUGUUCCUACCGUACGUGAACAAAGUGAGGCAACUCAAGGGGACAACCCUAUACGGGUCGAGGACGCUCUUCUUCUUGACCCCAGACGAGACAUUGAAACUCCUUGCAAUCGAGCUCACGCGGCCGCCGACCGACGACGGGAAACCACAAUGGAAGCAGGUGUUCACCCCGUCGUGCCACUCCACUGGCAUGUGGCUUUGGCGGCUCGCCAAGGCCCAUGUCCUUGCCCACGACUCUGGAUACCACCAACUCGUCAGCCACUGGUUACGGACUCAUUGUGUCACGGAACCAUACAUAAUAGCAGCGAACCGGCAGUUGAGCGCAAUGCACCCGAUCUACAAGUUGUUGCACCCGCACUUCCGGUACACGAUGGAGAUCAAUGCUCUGGCUCGUGAGUAUCUCGUCAACGGCGAUGGCAUCAUCGAGAGCUCCUUCUCUCCCGGCAAGUACUCCAUGGAGCUCUGCGCCGUCGCCUAUGACAAGCUGUGGCAAUUCGACUCGCAAGGCUUGCCCAAUGACCUGAUUAGCAGGGGGUUGGCAGUGGAGGACCCGACGGCACCGCAUGGCCUCAAGCUAGCGAUCGAGGACUACCCCUUCGCCAACGACGGCCUCCUCUUGUGGGACGCCAUUAAGGAGUGGGUCACCGACUACGUCAAUCACUACUACCCCGACCCGAGCCACAUUGCGUCGGACAAGGAGCUCCAAUCCUGGUGGACCGAGAUCCGGACCGUCGGCCACGGCGACAAGAAAGACUCCCCAGGGUGGCCCGACCUCAAGACCCCAUCCGACCUCAUCCACAUUAUCACCACCAUAGUCUGGGUCGCCUCUGGCCACCACGCUGCCGUCAACUUCGGCCAGUACACCUACGGCGGCUACUUCCCGAACCGGCCCACCAUCGCCAGAACCAAGAUGCCCGUCGCGGACCCGACAGAAGAAGAGCUCAAGAUCUUCUGGAACAAGCCCGAGGUCACGCUCCUCACGUGCUUCCCAUCGCCGAUACAGGCGACCAAGGUGAUGGCAAUCCUCGACGUGUUGUCGAACCACUCGCCGGAUGAGGAGUACCUAGGACAAGAUCCAGAACCAGCGUGGAAGGAGGAGCCGGCGAUAAACGCGGCCUUCAAGAGGUUCCAUGGGAGGCUGAAGGAGCUUGACGGCGUCAUCGAUGCCAGGAACAACGACCAAAGGUUUAAGAAUCGGAACGGAGCUGGGAUCGUGCCGUAUGAGCUCUUGAAGCCUUUCUCCGAGCCCGGUGUGACCGGCAAGGGAGUUCCAUACAGCAUUUCCAUUUGAGAAAAUGACAUGUCGCUAA